AGGCUAAACUGGUUGAUGAAGGUAUGAGACUUUUCCGCAAAAUGUCUAUGAGAGGAUUGGUUGCAGAUACAGUCACUUAUAGCACUCUCAUCCAAGGGUUUUGUCAAUCUGGAAAACUUAAUGUGGCCAAAGAACUCUUCCAAGAGAUGGUUUCUGAAGGUGCUCAUCCUGAUAUUGUGACCUACAAAAUUUUGCUGGAUGGGUUGUGUGACAAGGGAGAACUAGAAAUGGCACUCAAUGCUAGUAAGGUCAAUGAUGCUUGGGAUCUAUUAUGUAGCCUCCCUCUCAGAGGAGUGAAGCCUAAUGUCAUAACGCACAAUAUAAUGAUUGGAGGAUUAUGUAAGAAAGGGUCACUGUCUAAAGCUGAUAUGUUGUUUAGAAAGAUGGGAGAGGAUGGGAUUGCGCCAGAUGAUUGUACGUACAACAUACUAAUCCGGGCACAUCUUCGAGGUGGUGAGUUAACCACAUCAGCAGAACUUAUAGAAGAAAUGAAGAGUUGUGGGUUCUCAGCAGAUGCUUCCACUGUUAAGAUGGUGAUGGAUAUGUUAUCGAGCCGUGAAUUGGACAAAAGCUUUUUGAAUAUGCUUUCUUAGUGGGUUUGUUGUUUUGUCUAUUGUUUCUGAGAGUUGAAAA